CGACGGAGCUUCGCGUUCUCAUGUCUGAACAGAUACAUGGAGGACGGAUCGUCACGGAUGCUGAGCCUUGCUGGUCCGUGUGUUCCGCUGGUCUGACCAACGUCGUCAGGUAUAGGGACGCCAUAAAUGCAGGCAAUUGCUUCCCAGCUGCCACGGCCAUCCGCACUCUAGAAAAUCCCCCAUUCGGUUUCGCUCUCUGCUGCAAACCCUAGUCUACCUGAGCCACCAUGUCUGCCUCGUCGUCCUCCUCUCUCCCUGUGCCAGCCGAUUUCCCUCUUGAUCUCAUCAGGUGUCCCUUCUGCGGCGCGGAUCUGGAAACCAAUGUAGCAAGAACCGGGAGCAAGGCGGGGCAGCGGUUCUACAAGUGUGUCCGCUAUGAUACGGCCUACGUCAGAAGGAUGACUCCGUACCAGAUCGCCCGUGCUCAGCAGCAAGCGGGGGUGCUCCAGGUCCAGAUGCAGGCAAACCCGGCCGGCAUCGUCGCUCCACCUGCAAACCAGGCUCAGGUCCAGGCGAACCAGGGUCAGAAUCACCCUCUAGCGACGCCGGAGACCGUUUUGGUGAACCAGAUCUUCAGGCCCAUCGCAGCUGCUGCUUCUGGUUCUCAGGCGCUGGGGGCAACAGCUUUCAUCCUUGCCGCUAGCAACAUCAUGCUCACUCUGCUGCUUCUGUUGUUCGUUGUGGCCAUCUAUUUUGGCGGCGGUAACUAGUUCGUUCUUAGUACGACAUACGUUGACAUUUCGGGAAGGGUUCUUAGCAAAAGUGUGUGUGUGAUGCUCGACUGCGGAUUUGGUUGUUCCUAGUUUGCCUUAGGCAAUAUGAUUAGGGAAUUAAUGGUGUUCAAGGGUGGCUCCCUUUACCUCUAAGUCUGUUUACCAGAACAUGUAAUUCAUACUCUAAUGUAACGCACUAUCUGGAACUAAUGAAGCUUUGCUGUGUUAGUUAAUCAGUUAUCAAUUCCAUUUAGUAUACAGUGCAUUUUUUAUUUUGGUUGUUUGUUCUUUAUUUUUAACGUACUCAACUCCAUUAUACAGCCCAACAGAUGGACCUCACUCGUCAUCUCCACCGUUUGGUACCUCCUCUCCGAAAGGAACACGCGUCUCGAUCGUUCUGAAGUCACCGAGCUGCACAACAUACUGUGGAGGUUGCGCAUGCUGUAUUCAUUGCAUACCUGCAUCCAUCUACCCUAUCUACCCACCCACAUCGCCUUUCUUUACACACCACUCAUUUCAUCCCCUACGCCCACCCAACUCUGGUCGCCCUCAUUGCCUCUAGAGUUCCUUGUUCGUCGUCCCAACUUGGCGGAAAGGAUCUCGCCUACAGUUGUUUUAUGCAUCGAGAUCUUCAGCUCUUAGCGAAUAGAUGAACAAUAUUCAAAUUCUGAUAGCUGCGGGGCGGACGCAGAUGGAUCUGAAAGUGCGAACGCACCGGCCGGUCAGCAAGGUCUGCACGCUGCCCUGGAUGAAUCUUCUUCCAGCGCCAGGAGUGGAGACCCCCCGCCCCAACUUCAUGCAUCUCUCUGAAGCACGCUCUCAGUGUCAUCAAGACUUUCAGCGACUACAAGAAAUGGCUUGUGGAAGAGAUUGGUUUUGGAGGUAUGCUCAAUCUCCCCGACAUUCAGAAGUUAAAUCUCAGAUGCAGUGCCUGGAUUAUGAGUAGGGUUAGUGUUAGUCGUAGAGAGUUAAGGCUAUCAGAAAGUAAGGUGCUCAAGUUCUAUGCUGAGGAUGUCUUUAAGGUCUUUGGCAUCCCUUGCGAGAACCGUAGCAUGAAAGGGAGAGAUGCAAAUAUCAAUCCAGAAGCAAUCCACUUCAUCAAGUCAACCCUUGAAAUGAAUAAGACAGGAGUGCAUAGCUUGCGCGUGGCAGAACAAUUCCUGAUGCAUGAUAUUAAUGAGAAUUCUAGCAAGCUCGAGAAAGAUUAUUUUCAAAUUGCAUUUGUCAUAUUUGUCAUGGGGCAUGUACUCGCUCCGACCACGAAGCACAACUACUCGACCAUUGAUUUCUGGGGGGCAAUUGCCAACACUGAAAUGAUACAACAGUUCAACUGGUGUGAGUAUGUCCUCCAGCAUUUGCUCGACACAGUACGAAAACUCAAGAGAGAUAUGAUGAUGAACAAUCAUUCAACCAACCUCACCGGAUGUCAUUUCUUCUUUCAGGUUUUUCUGCUCGACAAUCUUGAUCUUGGUAUAUUGAAUAAGCCACACAAUGUACUACCAAGGAUCAUUGACUUCGACCCGGAUACACUAAACAAAAUGCUCAUCAUGGCUCUUGACCCAGUAAAGGGAUCUAUGUCAUAUUCCCAUGCAAACCUCCGAGACCCGGCGAAUGUUUGUUAUGUGCGACACAAGGUUCAGUACACAAUUCCGUCGUCUUCCACCACCAAGCAAUUGCCAAGGGCUGGGACCACUCCACGCUCUGCAAAAACUCCCACAACAGAAUCUCCUUGUCCUGGUACUGGUUGCCGUCAGGAGAACUUUGCGACUCCAAACACAAUGCCACGUGUAGUAGGGCCUUUGGACCUUGCCAACUUCUUGCGGCAGCAGUACCCACACCUCGUGACUGAUGAGAUAACCAUGAUCAUGAAACAGCAGAAUGCCAGCUCAAUUAGGCGUUUGACAGAAGCAUCCAACGCCAUCCAAGUGGUUCUAUCGCAGGCAAAAAAUGCAUUGCAGUCAGAUAUGCUCAACUAUUCAGAGAAAAUUCUGAAAUCAAUUUCAGGUCGGCGCCUUUGCUGUCGUACGCGAGGGUUCACAGAGUGUCAUGCAUCAGGUGCCGCUACUGCCAAGAAUGUAUGUUUCAGCACUCCUGUUGGGCAAAGAAUCCAGGGGCACAUGCUUGAUUUGUCUGAUGGAGAAGCUAUGUCACCGCUUAACCAGGGUGGAUCAUCAAGGAAACGAAACGCAAGCAAUGAGGACUCUGCAUCCGCAAGAAAAAAAUUGAUUUCAGAAUCAUCCAUUGUGAUUAACUACUUCAAAGACACCAUUCGCGAAGUUGCACAAAUGUAUGCUGAUCUCCCAGCGAAGACAACCGUUGCGUGUUUGGCCAAACCCAGGGUAAACUUCCAAAGAGGAAGUACAUUUUUCAGCAUGGUUAUGCAACAAAUCCAUGGGAGCGUGGAGUUUUACCACUACCACCGCACGCUGAAACCACAUAUAUGAUAGUUGCAUACUUCUCCAACUUAACUGAGAGUGAUCUUCAGAGGCAUUAUGUUAUCCACCACUCCCCCAGACUUGUCAGUGUUACAGGGAUCGCUAUGUUUCAUCAGCUCAUUGGCAGUCGGAGUCUCGAUCACGAACUUGCUUCCAUUAUAUGUAGAAGGUACACUCAGUAAGAUAUGGAAGCCAAUAGGUAAUGUCCGUACCUCAACUGGAGGCACAACAUGGAAACGGAGUUUGCGACAAUUGUACUGUAUGACCACGACUAUGUGAACAACAUUUCGAUUCAGAAGCAACUAGUCGGCAAGGACAUGCCUUACGAUAUAACCUCAUCUCAGAUGUUCUUCCUGCCAGUACCCCUCGAAGCUGGAUGGGUUUUAUUGAUGUGGGACAUGAUGUCGAGGAAGAUUCAUUUUUUGGACCCGAAGAUCAGAUGGAAUGGCCCUGAUGAUUUCACAAAAGAUAAGCAUGAACUUAUUGCAUGGAAGCUUCACCAUACGUUAUUCCUGUGCCAGAAUGAGUAUUAUGCUGGAUGGCCAACCCAGGAUGGUCAUUGGGGAACGGUUUACCCAGUAGUAGCCGAAGAAACAUUCCUCAGAGAUAACUCGCUCAUAGAUGCUUACAUGGAUUAACCAAUAAGCCGCCCGCCUCUCCAACGAUUGGAUUCCACACCUCAUCUAUGCCAUCCAGGUAGUCCUCCGGUUUUGUAUGCCCAGCCCAGAAGCAUCAUGUCAGCAAAACAACUUAUAUAUAUUGGACACGCGAAAGAACAAAUGAUACUUCAUUCAUACCCUGAAUUGUGUAGGGUAUUCUCUCAGCAAGUAGAUCAGCUUCUUGAUCUUAUCUUCAGUGUACUCGCUGACUCUAGGGAGUUUAUUUGGUUCCACAUUGUCUGCCCCAAAAUCCAGCCAAUCGAACACCCAAGGAUGUGCGAUGUCCAUGUAAUCAUUGGCAAGUUAGUGACAACAAUUGAGGAAACUAAAAUGUUAUAAUAUAUGUUGUAUCAUUUUUUACUUACAAUGAUAGCCAAAUGGCACCUUGGUACUCUCAA